AUGAAUCAUGGAACCAACAAGGACAAGCAAGUCGAUGUUACAGUUGCUCAAGAUGGCAACACUGAAACGAAUGAUGAUGAUCAUGAUCAUGAUCAUGAUCAUGAUCAUGACGAAGAUUCAAAAAGAAAACGCGUACCAUUGAACGAGGAAAGUGGAGACCAUCAGCAGGAUCAGCCUGCUUCUCUUUCAGAGGAUCAGCCUGAUUCUCUUUCAGAGGUGCCUCAAUCAUCACAUCAACAACAACCACAGCAACAACAAUCACAGCAAGAAGCACCCACCUUUGGCAAGGACAAAGUAUUGGGCAUUGCGCCCAUGUUGGAUGUGACGACACGAGAGUUUCGGCAUUUGAUGCGCAUUUUGUCCAAAGAAUUGACUUUGUGGACGGAAAUGGUCGUAGAUGGAACAAUCAUACAUGCUAAAGAUCUGGACAAUCAUUUGGGAAUGGACGAUGAUUCAUUACUUGCCGCUGGCCAUAAGUGCUAUGCUGAUAGUACUAGUAGUACUAGUAGUCAUCCUAUAGUCUGCCAAAUUGGUGGCAACUCUCCCUCAAGGAUUUUUGAAGCGGUGCAAAAAAUCAUGACCCAUUAUGACUAUGACGAAAUCAAUAUCAACAUGGGGUGUCCGAGUCAGCUUGUCGCGGGCAAGAACAUGUUUGGUGCCGUCUUGAUGAAACAUCGAGAGGUAGCCAAAGCAGCAGUGGAAGCCAUGCAACAAGCAGUCGAACAGUUUGAAGAUCCUAGUCAUAGCAUCACCGGUCAAGUUGAGAACGGAGGUAAUCAACAUGACAAAAAACCAACAUCUAGUCUUUUUGCGAAACGAAUGCGACUGUCGGUCAAGUGCCGGAUUGGAGUCGACGAUUGGGAUUCCUUUGAACUCUUGAGAGAAUUUAUUCAAGUGCUGUCACCACACAUUCAAAUCUUUUAUAUUCAUGCCCGUAAGGCAGUCCUUGGUGGAAAGUUUACGACGAAGCAAAAUAGGGCCAUUCCGCCCUUGAACUAUCCGUGGGUCUAUGCCUUAUGUGACGAAUUUCCAGAUUGUGAGUUUCAUAUCAAUGGAGGGAUACCCGAUCUGAAGGCAGCCAAGCACCUAUGUCUUGGAAUGCAAACGAUGACAACAAAACCAAAAGGAAGUCAGCAUGGACAGCAGCAUGCGGAAUAUGAUGAGAAACUAGAAAUCACUAGCGAGGAUGAAAAGAAAAGCGACGAUGACGCAACCACAGAUAUCGCAGACACGACAAAGACACUAGAUCUUCAACACCAACACCAACAAGCGUCGACUAUCAAUCAAUCACAACACCAACAGCCACAGCAUCAAGUCCCCUGUUCUGUUUGCCAAUUCCCCAACGGUUCUUGUGUGGCUGCACCCUUGGUUGUCCCAACAAACUUGAAAGGUUGCAUGCUGGGUCGUGCAGCACGGGACAACCCAUGUUUAUUUUGGGACGUGGAUCGAUACCUGUACGGAAAGCCCACCAAUCCAUGUCAGAAUCGAUGGGAGGUCAUUGCCAAGUAUUUGGAGUACAUUGAAGAGGUGGUUCCUCCAAGAUGCUGCGAUUCCAAUCCACAGGAUACAAGGACAUUGCCCAUGCCAUUUCAAGUAGAACGAGAGUAUGACGCGUGUCCGUUGUGUGCCAAGUUUGGCCCAGCCUCCAUGUGGAUGUCUGACGAGGAUGACAGAGAUAAUGACAGUCCACCAAAUGCUGAUCUUUCAGUGGCACCCAUGGAUUAUGACUGUGGUGGAACCGCAAAGCCAAAAGUUUCCUCGCACGUGUUCAGCCGUGUCUUGCGUCCAUUGGUCGGAAUAUUGAAUGGAGUCCCCAAUGCUCGCAAGUUUCGGCAAGAAUUUGAUCGAUUGUUGAAACAGGAAGCGCCUUACAAAGGAGGAGGCAAGAAAGCUACACCCAAUGCCAAUGUUACAGGAACCUCUGUCGCACUUCCUUGCCAUCGGAACUGUGGACCAGCCGCGGUGAUUCGAAUGGCACUCCUUCGUGUGAUGGAUCGCAAGGUGCUAAUGCAAGACUUUGAGAAAACAGAGGACAUUUCAGUGGACUACAGUCGAUCAAUUGAUUGCUGCAAGGGGAAGCGGACGUGGUAG